GGCAUCCAGCUUGCACUCACUCUCCCACCAUGUUCAGGGUACCCACUAUUGUCUCUCUUUUACUCCUUGCACUUCCAACCACUGUCUUUUCUUCUCCAUGUGUCACAUUCGAUGCCACCUUCAACCUCCUUGUCUUCGGCCUCAAUGGCAAGGACUGGAACGCCGGUACCCAGGAUACGUGGUCCAGUGGUAGCGCUGCUGACAUCACUACUAGCGGACGACCACCGUUUGACGGAGAAAAUACGACAUGCUACCUCGCUCAGUUUUUCAAUACGGUAUACGUUAUGAAUGGCGAUGCUGCCAACCCCUCUUCGGUUCACAUCUACGAUGCUGGUACUAAGUCAUGGUCCACGCAGUCCGUGACAACCGGCUCUUUCGACCCUUCAUCCUUCAAUACCAUUCUCGACCAUGACACCAACGUUUUCUAUGCUCUGUCGCACGGAGAGCUAUUUUUCUUGGAUAUGGGCGGCCUCAAGGCUGCUAACUCUUCUGCCCUUUCUUGGACUGACGUUUCGAAGUCGCCUUAUGGUGAUUCAUACCAACCCGUCAUGGCGCUCGCCCAGAAUCACAUCCACUUUUUGAAUGUACCUGAUACUCCUGCCGGUGAUGCUCAAAUCUUUGUCAUUCACUGUGAGUUCUUAAGUUAUAAGCUAUUAUGGUGUUAUUCUGAUUCCUAUGUAAAGUCUCGUUCUUCCAGCCCGAGCCUCAAGCGUACCCGCUUCCAGAUGGCAGUGCUUUCCCUGCUACACAUGGUCAAGCCACGUCGUUCUUCCAAGAAAAUGGCGUGCAACAAGAAUUUGCAUUCAUUCCUGAUGAUGGUUCCGCGACAUACGUCAUCAACGUCGAGACCAACACAACACAAUCCCUUCCAGGCCCGUCUACCAAAGAUCCCAAAGCUCAGUACGCCGCCGGCAUCACUUCCCUGGUCCAGAUCGACAGCACUGGCGCUCUUAGCUUCCUACCUUACAAGCAGGAUGACGCCAGCACCAACGCUAAGGCAGCAUGGGCCAAAGUUGCCAACGUUGCUGCCGUCGCUCCUCCCGGUGCUGCAUCAUCUAAGAGCGGAAGCGCUGGCACUUCGGCGAGCAGAACUGGCUCAACUAGCCCGUCUGGUACAGGCAGUCCCAGUUCCAAAAGCACUUCAGGCGAUCAGUCAACUAAUGAUGCAAUGUCGUUGAGCGGUAGGGGGAUGAACACCUUGAUGGUGUUAGCAGGAGUGUUCAGCAUCUUUGCAUGCUUCUUGUGAGGGGUGGAGCUUUCCUUGCUUUCUUUGCUUUCGGACAGUGUUUUUCUUUCGCGAUAUUCGAGGAGACCCUAACAUUCCUAGCCCUGACACGCCCACUCUGUUGUGAGCGCCUCACAUUUACUUACGUAGCAUCAGCAUGGUCGUUGGCAUUAGAUUAUAUCGUACUAAGUCCGCUUCUCUCUUAACCUGACAGAGUGUGGUGCUUGUGAACUCCAGUCCUUACUUUGGAGUCGUUGACCGACUUACACAUGUGUAAAUCCCACGCCAGAUUCGGCAUACGCAUUCUUGAAGAGCCCGUGAAGAGAGUAAGGGGCCUUAAGGCAGACCGAUUCAAUAGUACCUUAGUUGACAG